UUAACGAAUGAUUAUUUAAAUAUACUGAGAUAGAGGGAAGAAUGAAGAUUAAAAAUAAUAUCUCAUCACUUGAAGAUGCACUUUCGCGUUCUUCGCAUCGAUCGAUGCAUGUAUACAGAUAAAAAAUGCACAUAUACAUACACACAUACAUAUACAUUCACCUUGAUCUGUUUCCUCCUGUGUGCUUCCGCCUUUGUUUCGUUAUCGCCAUCCCGUACAUUUUGCCACUUUGCCAACAAACGUCGCUUCGGCACGCAUACCGCACGCUAGUCUCAGGAUAACAAGGACGAGUCUUCUUGGCGAAAAGCACUAGAGGCGAAGAACCGUGCCAUAUUCGAGCUGGAAAGAACGAUGGAGAAUCUCCAGAUGGAGCACGACAAGUGCAAGGACCUGUUGGGUGACGCGAAAUACAUUGAAUCUUGGAAGGAGGAGACGGAGACGAUGAAUCAACACAUCGUCCAGCUGGAGCAACAAUUGAAAUGCUGUGAGGGCCUAAAGAACAUUAAUGGGGACGACAAAAUAUCAAACAAGGAUAUUGAAACGCAACCGAAGGCGUGCGAAAAUUGUAGUCUAAACGCAAAGGAUCGGCGUAUCCUUGCACUGGAGCGGCAAGUGACAGCCUUAAAAAAUUCCUUGAAGAAUCACACGAGCACAACGAAAUCCUCAGAAAAGGAUAACAGCGAUGAGAAAACGAACGUGAAAGUGGAGGAGUCCUGGAAACAGGAGAUCGAGGCAAAGAAUCAGCACAUCAUCGAACUGAAGCAGAAAGUAGUGUUGCUUGAAAAUCUCCUACGGAAAAACGUGGAUGCGCAGAAAAUGCGCGAUCUUGAGAAAAGGAUCAACAGGAAAUCCAAACGGAUCGUGGAACUGGAGAACGCCGUAGGAGAACUCGAGGACUUCCUCAAGGAGGAUGUGAAAGAGAUGCGUGAUCUGCGAUAUCAGAUAUCGCUCGAUAAAGAUUGUAUUAUGAAAAUGGAAAAGUGGAUCCAGAAGAACAAUCUCAUGAAUGCGGGAAUUGAUAAAGCGAGAAUUAUAGAGCUGGAGGAAAUGGUUACGAAUUUGGAGGAUUACGUCAAAGAGCACGACAUCGACGGCCUUAAACGAAAGUUGCAGGAUCGAGAAUGCAGAAUUGUUCAGUUAGAGAAUCAAAUUUUUGAGUUGAGAAAACUGUCAAAAUAUGAAGAAAAUAAACCAGUCAAAGACAUGCCGAAGGUGAACUUUCUAUCUAAUAAUGAAGUAGCUUGUGAGCUAGAAGAAAAAGAACAAAAGGGCGUGAUGCACGCCGUUUUGGAAGAAGUUAAUAAAAUUCAAGAGUACGAACAAGAGGAGAGCCUAAAAAUAAAAUUGCAAGAAAAAGAGCAAAAGAUGAAGGAAAUGGGGCAUGAUAUUUCGGAAAAAGAUAACAGAAUUCAAAGAUAUGAACAGCAAAUUGUCGAGCAGCAAAAUAAGAUUUUGAAAAUGGAAAAAGAGAUGGCCAAAAUUGAAGAAGGAUUUUACGAAACGGAAAUCAUUAGUGCGCUGAAGAAAGAAAUUAGACUAAAAAAUGAGAGGGUGCAGGAGUUAGAAAUGGAGGUCAAUUCUUUAGAGACAUCGCUCGGCGAGAGAAUUGAUGUCGCGAUUGAAGAGCUCAUCGCCACCCUAAAGGAAAAGGAAGAGAUAGAGCUUCAAUUGAAGAAGAACCUCGCGGAUAAAGAGAAUAAAUUGGAAGAAUUGGACGCGGCUCUUCGCCAGAGCAUUGCAAUUACGGAUGAGAUUGAGGCGAAGUUAAAGAAUGAGAAGAAGCUUAGAAAAGAAGCCGACCAAAGAAUUGCCGAGAUAGAGGAAAAAAUCGCAGUCAUGCAAGCUGCUUCAGCCACGAAAUGCAUCACGUGCAAGCCGCUUCUUUAUAAGAUAUUUAAGACCGAAGGGAAAUUCGGCCAGUCGAAUCAGGAGAAGACUGUUCAACUUCAAGAGUUGCAUCAAAUUAAGCGUGAUGUUUUAAAAGCUGCCCUUUCCGAGAAGGAUGCUCAUUUAGCUUUGUUGGAACAUUCAGGCAUCCAAACUCCGACACAAGCGGAUGAGGCGGCGAAACUAAAAGCCGAUAAGAAAAUAUUACUUGAUAGACUGAGGGAAGAGGAUGAGAAGAGUAUCAAGUUAGACCUGCGGGAAACAACAUCACACUUAUUUCAAAAAAUAUUCAAGAUAUCCGAUGACAGUGAGGACAGUAGCGAUAAUAAUAAUAAUAACUCUUUUGAUGAUCGCUUCAGUAGGAUCAAUUCACCGAAAUCAGUUGCUGUGAAUGAUGACAACUCGCCGACAUCGGCUACUACGAGUUGCAAAUAUUCAACAAGGACGUCGCUGGUGUCCGAUAUGAAAGACGAAGAUCACUCGUAGAUUCAUCAUCAGGAUACCAGAUAAGUACUCGAGUACCACUUACGGUAUUUCGGAGUAUCGGUUUCUUCGUUACCUCGAUGUUGUCAUACGCACACACACCCGCGAACGUAGAGGCAGUGUAUAGAACAUCUAGUAGCAAAAAAGAAAACGAAACAAACAACA